AUGGAUGGCACGGACGACGCGCGGCUCGCUGACGAGCUUGUGCGCCAGCACCAGGCGUCAAGCGGGGACGCGCAGGCGUACCAGCGCUGGGCGAGCCGCGCAAUGGCCUUUCUGCGGGCCCACCGGCACUGGUGGUGCCGGCACGGCGAGCUGGCGCUUCUCGUGGGCGAGCUGUACAAGCAUCACGACCAGGACGCCGUGGUGGACCUGUACCAGGCAAUGGAGGACACCUUCCUCGAAUGCUGGAGCUGCCUGCAAGCGUACCGCGACUCUGAGGCCCGGUACCGCGCGGAAUUCGACCUCGAAGAGGUCACACCCAUCCUGCAGGGCCGUUGCGUCCUCGACUCCGGCCGGCUCGCGCGCUGGCUCGAGCCGGGCAGCUGGGGCGUCGGGACGCUCGAGGGCGGCGACGACGUGGAGCGGGGCGUCGUUCCGAGGCGCGUCCAGCUCGGACUGUACGAGUGCAUGUACUACCACGGGAGCCUGGGGGACUCGAUCGUGUUUCUUGCUGCCAGUGCUGCACUCGACCGCAUCGUCGCGCGCAACGUCUCGCUCGAGAUCCCGACGGUGGACCAAGGGCCGUGGCCGCCCGGCUUGGUGCUCCUGCUCGCAGCCCCGCACGAAAGCACGCGGCUUUACGUCGAGCAGAUGCUGCGCUCGGCGGUCGCGCCGGGCUCCAGACCCGCUACGGCUACGGCGGGCGCGCUGUGCGACGCGACGCUGCCCGCGCUCGACGCGUGGCUCGCGACGCUCUCGAGCGACAAGCUGCCGCCGCCCGCGCCGGGCAGACGCCCGCCUACGUUCCGCACAGAGGACAUUUGGUUCGCCAUCAACAGCGUCCUCGCGGCGCUGUCCAAGGCCGCGGUCGCGCCGAGCCGCUCCGAAAACGACCAGGACGACCGCGGCCCCGUCGCGGCGCUUGUUGCCGAGCGGCCCGCGCUGCUCCAGGUCCUCCUGAGGGCCGUGUCGCGCGACACCACGGUGUUCCAUCGCGCGCAGUCCGCUCUGCGCGUUGUGCUGCAGACCGCGCCGAGAGCCCUGCACUGGGCGUCGGCGGGCGGGGCGUGCGCGGCGCUCGAGACCGUCGUCCCCCUGGCGCGCCCGGGGGCGCCGAAGGUGCGCAUCAGCACGGCGGUGGCGUGCGCGCGGCUCGCGCCCCUCCUGGCCGAGCAUGCGGUCGGCGCGGGCGAGGUCGACGAGCUCGGGCGCGUGCUGCCGGAGACCGUACAGGCGCUGGUGCCGCCGAUCGCGGCAGAGGGGAUCGCGACCACGACGGGGAGGAUCGGAGCGCUGGCGGUCGUGGCGAUCGCUGCCCGUGCGGGGGCCGCGAACGUCGCCCGGUGCGCGAAGACGCUCGGGCCGGAGCUCGGCAAGGCUCUCAAGGGCACGGAGCACCUGCGGAAGGCGGCGCUCGACUGCGUUUCCGCCGUGAUCGCCUCGGACGUGCAGCGCAUGGCGCAGAGCGCGUCCAAGCCGCUGACGGCGCUGUUCGACGGCGAAAUCGCGGCCCUCGGCGGCGCCGCCAGCCAGCCGCUCGACAACCUCGUCUGCCCCGACUUCUGGGACCAGGUCGCGCGGUGCGGCGACGCGCACGCGUCUGUGUUUCUACUCCAGGCCUCGGGGGGACUCGCCAUGUCGGUCCCGGCGACGCCCCCGCGGCCAGGCGACGGCGCGGCCGCCAGCGGCGCGCCGAGCGCUGGGUGGCUCCGCGAGGGACGCCUGGUCGACGAGCAGCCCGCGCGCGGCCGUGCAGGGCUGUGGUUGCGCGGUGCGUGGAACAGCGUCCCUGCGACGCCUAUUCGCGUCGGGGCGCUGCUUUCGGCGCUCCACAGCGCAGCGUUCGCUGCAGCGCAGGAUCUCUUCGGCGCCGCCGCUGGCGACGGCAAGCAGGCGCAGCCAGGGCUGCCGCCCGCGCUUGCGAGGGACAAGGAGCACCUGGUCGCGGGCGUCCGCUGCUUGGCGAUAGGGACCGUGUCAGUCGAUAGCACGGUGUGUGCGCGCUCGACCGGGCUGCUGAGGUCUGCGUUCAAAGCCGCCAAGUACGGUGAGGCCGUGUGCAACGCGUUGCGGCACGCGUCGCAAGCGCCGCGGGCCGGCAUCCUGAGCGCCGCGGCGAUGCUCGUCUACGGCGCAGUCGACUACAUGCAGCAGGAGCGCGACGACGGCCGCAGACUCGUUCCCGGCGCGGAUCGGAUUCUCCUUUUCCUGAGUCAUGUUCUCCGCGCUCUGUCAGACUCAGGGGACAUUCCGUGCGCCGGUCAGACGGGGACGCUCCCGCGCGACGACGAGGCCGCGUCGCUGAUCACCACGAUCCAGUGCGCGUCCUGGACGCUCGCGUGCGAGGCCGUUGCGACACUUGCAGGCUCGAGCGCCGUCGGCCUGGCACAGUCGAGCGAGUCCCUUCUGGUGCCGUCCCUGGUGGUCAUCGACGUGCUCGCGCCCAUCGCCGAGUUCCACGUCGGGAGCGACGCCGGCGCCCGUGACCCCAACUUCGAUCUAACUAACAUCGAGGAUAUCUGUCUGAACAUGGCCAGCAUCGGAAGGCAAGUGUUCCAUCCGGCCGCGAGCGCGGAGUACGUGAGGCAUCCGUGGCUCUCGGCGACGACGAAGCUCCUGCGCGUGCUGCGGACCGUGCGCGGCGCCGCGGGCCACGAAGGGGACGCCCUGCGACGCCAGCUGCAGACUGUGUGCACCGCUGCAGCGUCCGCGGCGCCGCACUUCUGGUCCAAAGUGAACGCGCUGGUCCACGGCUUGCCGGCGCCGUCCACAGCCACCAGGCUCGCCACGGACCUACCGCGGCACCCCGCCGCGGCGCCAUCCGCCUCUGCCGGGGCCAAGCACACUCCUCCGGCGAAGACGCAGAAUCGCGGCCUCGCCGACUCCCUUCGGAGCAUCAUCCGCUCCGCGCAGCCCAGCACGCCACCCUCGUCCUCGAAGCACCGCCCCUGGGAGCGUCGCAGCGCCGCAGCGGCCGCGCCGUUACCAAACAGCGGCGCCCCACCGCGGGGGAACCUGACCGUGUACGUGGGCGACAGCUGCAGCAGCGACGAGGACGACGACUGCGAGCUGGCUGGCGCGGGGGACGCGGCGGAGCGGCAGGCGCGCCCGAAGACGGACAGCGAAACCCGGAAGGCCUUCUUGGAGCGCUGGAGAAAGGGGGGGGAGUCUCGGGUGGUGUUGGCGCCUGUGGUCGGACUGGGGCGGCGGCCGGCGGGCCGCGUCGGGCUGGCCGGCGGCGCCGGCGCGAGCCAGCGCGCGAGGCAGGCGCGGCCGGCGAUCACAGUUCGGGAAAUCAUGGAUGAUUUUUUGCCGCUGGGAGCGGCAACACUGCUGUCCCGCCGGCCGCCGUGGCGCCUCCCGAAGCUGCCGUCUACGUUCGCGGGGCUGCAGGAGUACGCGCGCGCGUUCGUGCCGCUGCUCCUCGAGGAGCUGCGGUCCCAUGUGGGGCAGGCGUGGGAGGAGAAGGGAAUUCAGGACUUGCUUUCCAGUCUUGAAGACCAAGACGGAGUCGAGGAAGGCGAGAUCACCGCUCCCGGACCCGUCCAGUCCGUCGGCCUCCUCAUCGAAGGCUCACACUCCGAGGCGGCCCCGGGGGGGGUGUUUCGAACAACCCUCUCAGCACGUACGUCGGCGGCCAGUCACGGUCAGCGCGCGACCCAGGCGGGCAGCAGGGACCGCGCGCCGGGGCCUGCCCUGCAGGCCGAGGACCUCGUCCUGCUGUACCAGCGUCCGGGCGCGCCGGCGGGCGACAAGAAGGCUGUGCCGUAUCUGAUUGCGUGGGUGGACACCGUGGACGCUGACGUCAUGCACGGGGCGCACAAGGUCGUGCUCCGCACGCUCCUGUCCGUGCCGCGGAGCGCUGAUUCAGGCAAUCCCGCGUGGGAGGAGGACCGCGAGCGCCGCCGCGCCGCCGCGGGACUGUGUGCGCAGACACGGGGGCAGGUACAGGGCGUCCGGCUGUGCUCCCUGACGACGCACGUGCGCGAGUUCUCCGCGCUGGCCAACAUGCACCGCCUCUCGCAAGGCAUACAGUCGGCCAUCCUCGGCCAACCGCCCCCGCGCCGCGACACCGCGCCGCCCACUCUGCUGUCAGCAGGCCUGCCGCUGCGGCUGCGCGGCGCCCUGGAGCGCCGCUUCAACGGCUCGCAGCUCGACGCCAUCGCGCGCGCGGCCAGCACCGCGGCGGGCUUCACGCUCGUCCAGGGCCCGCCAGGCACGGGCAAGACCUCUGCUAUUCUCGGCAUCAUUUCCGCGCUGUCGGCAUGCGUGCGCGGGCCUCCGCCAGAGGUCACCCCGGUGCAGCUCACGGCGUCCGCGCCUGGGGAGUGCGCGGUGACGGCGGCGCGCGCCGGGCGCUCCGGGGCGCGGAUUCUGGUGUGCGCACAAAGCAACGCGGCAUGCGACGAGCUGGUCCUGCGGCUGACGACGAGCGGCCUGCUCGGCGCGGACGGCGAGGUGUUUCAGCCGACUGUCGUGCGCAUGGGCCGCGUGGAGUCGGUCACGCUCCCGGACGUGCGCCCAUACCACAUCGAUGCCCACUGCGACUCGGCGGUGCGCGCGGACGCGGGGCAGGGCGCGGCGCGCGACGACGCGACGGCGGUCCGGGACCAGGUCGAGACGCUGCGUGCGCGGCUGCGCGAGAUCAAUCAGCUGAUCGCUGCGACAGAGAACAGCCGAGAUCUCGGGAAGAAUCUUGACGGCCAAGACAGCGUGCAGGAGCUGCGCGCGAAGCGCCGGCAGGUGCGGGACGACUUGCUCGCGCACGAGGCGCUGCAGCGCUCGUUGGGCCAGCGCGCCGCCGCGGCGUCGCGCGAUCUGCGCCGGCGGGUCGUCGCGGGCGCCGACGUCGUCGUGGCGACGCUGUCGACGGCCGGCGGCGAGCUCGCGCAGCUGCUGCUCGCGCAGGGCGCGUCUAUGGGCGUGGACGCGCGGAGGGCGACGCUGAUUGACGCGAUCGUCGUGGACGAGGCGGCGCAGGCGCUGGAGCCGGCGACGCUGAUUCCGCUGCAGCUUCUGUCGCCCUCGGGGCGCGUGGUGCUCGUGGGAGACCCGCAGCAGCUGCCGGCGACGCUCCUGAGCCAGGCGGCGGCCGGCUCGCUCCUCGGGCGAUCGCUGUUCGAGCGCCUGCAGUCCUUGGGACACGGGUGCGCCAUGCUGACGGAACAGUACCGCAUGCACCCGGAAAUCAGCGCGUUUCCGUCGACGUACUUCUACGACGGAUGUCUGCGCGACGGCGAGGGGGUGCAGGGCGGCGGGCGCGCGGCGGCGUUCCAUGCGCAAGCGGCGUUCCCCCCGGUGUGUUUCUGGGACGUCAGGGACGGCAGGAUGUCGCGCCGGGGCGCGAGCCUGAGCAACGCCGAGGAGGCGGACCUGGCUGCGGUGCUCCUCGGCGCGGCCUUGCGGGGGUCGCAGCAGGCGGGGCUGACGGCGGCGGUGCUGUCGCCGUACGCGGCCCAGGUGGCGCUGCUCAAGUCGCGGUACUCGGCGUCCUCGACUGCGAGCGAGGCGGCAGCUGCGGAUGUCCAGUUCGCGACCGUGGACGCCUUCCAGGGGCGCGAGGCCGACAUUGUCAUUCUGUCCUGCGUCAGGGCAGGCAGCACUGGUCAUACGUCGAGCGUGGGCUUCCUGGCCGACGUGAGACGGAUGAACGUAGCACUCACACGCGCGAAACGCGCCCUGUGGAUCCUCGGCCACGCAGAGACGCUCUGCAACAACCCCGCGUGGCUUUCGCUGCUGGAGGACCUGUCGGGCAGGGGGUGUGUGUACUGUGCCCGGAAGCCGUGGGCGGCCCUCGCUGGAGCCAAGGACCGGGCCGCGCUGCGCACCCAGCUCGUGGUCCCGCCGUCGGCGCGGCGCGCCACGCUCGCGAGCAGGACAGGCGGAGCGAGCGCACCGCGCCCCGCCCCAGCGACGCAUACCCAUGACGACAAAAACAUGAUUAAUGAUACUAGCGCUAUCAAUAUACCUAGCAGUUCGAUACAAAAACAGCCCCGCGUGCAUCCCGCCGGAGCGCCCGAGCAGCCCCCGAGGCGCAGAGACGCCGCGCCGGCCCCCAAGGCCACCGCGCCGCCCCCCAAGGCCACCGCGCCGGCCCCCAAGGCCACCGCGCCGGCCCCCAAGGCCACCGCUCCGGCCACUGCUGCCAACCCACAACCAAAGGCGGCCCCUCCUCCAAUCUCAACCGAAAAGAAACCGACCCCGCCGCCGCCGGCUGGCGUGCGCUCCCGGGUUGCUGCGCCGAGCAAGAUCGCAGAGCCGCCGCGAGUCCGGCUGGCGGAGAGCGUCCCGCGGCAGGCGGCGCGCGUUGUUGCCCGCGCUGGCCCGAAGGCCAUAGGUGCACAGGCAAGGAGCGUGCUGGGGGCGGGUGGUGGGGCCGGUCGCGGCGCGGCAGCGGGCGGGAGGCAGGCUGCGCGGGGGCCCGUGGCUCCGCGGGACUUCACUCACCUGGCCGGCCGUGGGAAGCGGGCGGCGACGGAGGCGGCUGGGGCCGCCCCUCCGGCGAAGAGACAGGAGGGGGCGAAACGUGAUUUGAACGCCCCGUCUGGCGGCGUGGCUGGUGGCGGGCAAGAGGCGCGGAAGGAAGGGGGCGCGCGGCGUCCCGCGUCGGGCUCGGUGCUCAAGGGGCUGCUCGGGUCGAUCAAGAAGAGCUGA